CACUAUUAGUGAGUAGGACACAAAACACAGCUCAACUCGGUUAAGCCAUCGCUUUCACUUCCCCUCAUCGGAAUUGGCGCGCAAACCAAUUACCGUCCUCGCUGAUCGUAUCGAAUCAAUACCCCUUAAAACACACACACACAAGACACAACCACCAAAUCGCUCAAUCGAUUUCAUCGCUGCGUCCACCACUUCCUGACACCCACUACGAUUCAAGACAAAUGCUUCGAAUCGGCGUCCUCAGAUUCGUCGCUCUCCCUCACUCCUCCUCCUCCUUCUCCUCGUCUUCCCUUUUGUUCAAUCCCAUUUCUCCCAAAUCCCUCCCUCCUCCUCCUGUAAUCCGUACCAAGCUCGUUUCCCGUUCCCGAACCAUGGCUUAUACGACGUCGUCUGGUUCUUCUUCCAAGCUCCUCUUCCGGCAGCUCUUCGAGAAGGAGUCCUCCACCUACACUUACUUGCUCGCCGAUGUCUCUCACCCCGACAAACCUGCUCUGCUGAUUGACCCGGUGGACAAGACGGUGGAUAGGGAUAUCUCCCUUGUUAAAGAACUGGGAUUGAAGUUGAUCUACGCCAUGAACACUCAUGUUCAUGCUGAUCACGUGACUGGCACCGGCCUCAUCAAGACUAAGCUUCCUGGUGUGAAAUCUGUCAUUUCCAAGGCGAGCAAAUCAAAAGCGGACCUUUUGAUUGAAGCCGGCGAUAAAAUAUAUUUUGGAGAUCUGUUUUUGGAGGUUCGAGCUACUCCUGGGCAUACAUUAGGUUGUCUUACCUAUGUUACAGGAGAUGGGCCUGAUCAACCCCAACCGAGGAUGGCUUUCACUGGGGAUGCACUACUCAUACGUGGAUGUGGGAGAACCGAUUUUCAGGGUGGCAGUUCACAUCAACUCUACAACUCAGUUCAUUCACAGAUUUUCACAUUGCCAAAGGAUACAUUUAUCUAUCCUGCUCAUGAUUACAAGGGAUUCACUGUUAGUACUGUGGGGGAGGAGAUGCUUUAUAAUCCUCGGCUCACAAAAGAUGAGGAGGGAUUUAAAAGUAUCAUGGAAAAUCUAAAACUCUCAUAUCCAAAAAUGAUUGACAUAGCUGUACCCGCAAAUAUGGUUUGUGGAUUGCAAGAUUUAUCUGAAAGGCCUGCCGAGUCUGUGGCAAAAUAGGUACAGUUGCUGCUAUGAUUUGUACUUCAGACAAGAACAUCUAAAGUGAGCUGGCGUUACCACAUCACUCGAUUGGUUUCCACUAUACAUGAUGUAUCUACUAGUACAAUUAACUGCACUAGACUUUGAAUGCAUAUACUGAUAGUGCCGAAAGGCAGCUCUGUAUCCUACGAUACCUCUCGUGUCGUUUCAAGAGAUACUUGUGUGAGUUCUUUUGUUGUGCAGAAAAAGAAUAAGAAAACGGAACGAGAGAGAAGAAUGUCUGGAUGAAUGAAAGAGCCAGCUACCUGCGGCUGUUGUAUUGGAUUGACUACAUAAAACCUCUUAUUUACCA